GAGAGAUUCCCAAGACUCUCACUCAAAUGUACACACACUUCCUGAUCCUUCAGACCAACAUCAAAUGUGAGAAGGACUAUGAGAAGAAGGUGACAGAUGAAGACAUGAUCCUCAAACUGGGGAAACUGGCUUUUCAGCAGCUUGUGAAAGGCAAUGUGAUCUUCUAUGAGGAAGACCUGAGAGAGUGUGGCAUUGAUGUGACAGAAGCAUCAGUGUACUCAGGAUUGUGCACUCAGAUCUUCAGAGAGGAGUUUGGCUUGUAUCAGGGGAAAGUCUUCUGCUUUGUUCAUCUGAGCGUUCAGGAACAUCUAGCAGCUCUAUAUGUGCACCUCUCCUGUACAAACCACAAUAUAAAUGUGUUUGACCAAAUCACCAAAAAGAGAAAACUGGUAAAGGUUUUAGUUUGUUUUCAUAGUUUAUCAGAACAUGUUUCAUUAUUUGCUCUGCAUCAGAGAGCUGUGGAUGAGGCUCUACAGAGUAAAACUGGUCAUCUGGAUCUUUUCCUGCGGUUUCUUCUGGGUCUGUCAGUGAAGACUAAUCAGAGUCUUCUACAAGAAUUAAUGAAACUGACAAUAAGCAGCUCUGACAGCAGUGAGGAAACAGUUGAGUUCAUCAAGAAAAAGAUAAGUAGUGUAUGCUCUCCAGUGAAAUCCAUCAAUCUGUUCCACUGUCUGAAUGAACUGGGUGAUCGUUCACUAGUGGAGGAAAUACAACAGUAUCUGAGAUCUGGAACAUUAGCAGAAGCCAAACUCUCCUGUUCUCAGUGGUCAGCUUUACUGUUUGAAUUGUUGACAUCAGAGCAAGUAAUGGAUGUGUUUGAGCUGAAUAGAUUUAUUGGAAAUAAAAAUAUUUCAGAUAAAGUUCUUCAGAAGUUGCUUCCUGUGAUUAAAGAAUCCAAAUCAGCAAAUUUGAAAGACUGUAAUAUCACAGCUGAAGGUUGUGCUGUUCUGGCUUCAGCUCUGAAGUCAAACCCCUCACAUCUGAGAGAACUGGAUCUGUCUGGGAAUAACCUACAAAAUCUGGGCAUUGAGCGUCUAUCUGAUGGACUUAAGGUUUCUCACUGUAAACUGCAGAAACUUAAUCUGUACCAUUGUGGAAUCACAGAUGAAGGUUGUGCUGCUCUGGCUUCAGCUCUGAAAUCAAACCCCUCACACCUGAGACAUCUGAAUUUCACUGAAAAUAAGAUAGGAGAUUUGGGACUCAAGCACCUUUCUGAUGUACUGAAAGAACCUCUCUGUAAACUGGAGAAACUGAAGUUGUGUCAGUGUGGAAUCACAGAUGAAGGUUGUGCUGCUCUGGCUUCAGCUCUGAGAUCAAACCCUGAACACCUGAGAGAGCUGGAUCUUUCUCAGAAUAAAAUAGGAGACUCUGGAGUUACUGCUCUCUCUGCUCAACUGGAGAAUCCUCACUGCAAAUUAGAGAAACUGGGGUUGAUGUGUUGUGGUGUCACAAAUGAAGGUUGUGCUGCUCUGGCUUCAGCUCUGAGAUCAAACCCUUCACACCUGAGACAUCUAGAUCUUACUCUUAAUAAACUAGACCAAGGAGUCAGAGUCUCUACUCUACAGUGUAUACUGGAAAAACUGAAUAAUCUGCUGACUCUCAGUAUUUAGACGUCAGUCCAGUUCACUUCAGUGAAACUUCACGAACUGCUCAAGCCUCUGUGUCAUCAAGAAACCAACUAAUCGAACGAGGGAUUUCCCCAAAGGACGUCAUCCAUACGUCAUUCAGGCGCCAGAUCAACAGCCAAUCAGCAACGGAAUCCCCUCCAGCACGCCCGCGUCAGCGACGGAACCGCCUCAGCGUUCAGCUGUCAACUAAGCAAAACGCAAGUACAGACAAAGCUCCUAUCUGCUGACAUCGGUGUUGAACUGGUGAAUUGAGUUAAGCAGUAAAGAUAAGACAAUCGCUGCUUGGUGUUUCUCCUAGGCUGAAUUUAAAACCACUCGCGAAACGAGUUAGGACUUUGAAUACUUCAUGCAACUCUGUUGACUCAUUUCCUUGAAUCUUUGUGUGUAUGUUUUAGUUAGGUUUUUAUGUAAUCUAGAU